CAAGGCCAGUGUUUUUAUAUACCUUGGCCAAGGCCCUAUAUCAUGGUCAUAGCCAAGGUCAUAGCAAGAUACCUAUAAGAAACGGUCAUAGAUCCUCUGAGUGACAAAGUAAUUUGAAGUGUUGGACAUAUUCAUGGAGUAGUUCUAGGGCUCUAAAAUCAAAAUAUAUGCUAUGGAUAUUGUGGUGGGGUGGCGUACCUUGACCUCAACCUAUAUUUUGUGCAGAGCUUUGCGUAAAAGUACCUAGUCAUGGCCAUAUAACAAGGAAUGUAGUAUUAAAAUGUGUUUCGAGGCUCUUGGAAGACAAAGAUUCUAUGUCUUCCGGCCAAUACCAUUCCAUAACCGGCAUAACCGCAGCCAAGCCCCCAAUGACCUUGAACAGAGUCGGCGGGACGAUUUAGAAUCUUCACCGUCCGAAAGACUCUGAACAUGGGUUUAGUGUGUUGCAGCUUCAAACUUCUUUUUGGUUCUCAUUCUCACAUACUAUAUCAUUUGACACAUUGAUUUUGUGAUAAGUUUGAGUUAGCAACAGCAUUGCAAAUGGAAUGGAAACCUGGUUUUUAUUUAGGGAAACCUUUUAGCAGUAUUAUGUGGUAUCCCCCCCCCCCCCCAGCAUCUGAGCCUGCUUUUCUGGAUUGGUCUGUGACAGUGCUAAAUCAAAUGGAUGUUUGAGGCAAUAUCAAUUUCAGUCAGGAGGUUAUGUCAUAGUUUACUGCUCCUGCACCAAAUUGCACCACAUUGUAAGAAAACAAUCAGCUGACCAAUCUUAAAGAUUUCCAUGGUAAUUAUCUCAUGCUAGUUGUGUCUGCUGUCCAGGCCUGCUGGUCCAGGGCCAGGCCACAACCAGGUCUGUUGGUUGUGUCCUUUGUCAUAGUCUUCUAAACUUCAGACUCUACAUGUGUUAUCUUAUUUUCCCAUUUGUAUGAUGCACGUGUAUGAUUUGUAGUAGGCAUUUAUGUAUUUAUUGCUCCUCCCUCAAGCAGGCUAUUUGAACCACUUUAACUGACAUGACUGGAGGACUCUUAACUACUCCUUUUCAUCAAACCCAUUCCUAUCUCCAACCUCUCCCCUACUAUGUGCAUAACUGAAGUGAAUGAAGCAGGCUAAGUGUUACCUGUUUCUUUCUUCAUGAAAUCAAUCAGAUAUCCAAUGCUGAUUACUGCUAACAAGAUGCUUUUAAUGCAGAUUUACCCUUAGUACCCGACACCCGUGGCCAUGCUUUUUCCCCACAGAGAGUCUAAUCAUGGCGUCGCGGCCGAACCCGUCCAACAAGCUGGCCGAGAUGUCUCGGCAGCAGGAGCUGAUCGAGCGGCGCCGCCAGGAGAUCGAGCAGCGCCGGCGGGCGGCGGCCGGUCCGCGCGGCGGCGGCGGCGGCGACCGGGGGCGGCCGGCCGACUCGGAGGCCGCCCCCGGCCCGUCCGGCAGUCUGAGCGCCGGCAGCAGCGCCCGCAGACUGUUUGAGGCGCACAAACAGAGUUUCUUGGCGACUCAGAAGAAGGCUCCUCCCGCUGAGCCUGCACCGCCAGCCCAGAAGCCCGACGGGCCAUCUAACGUCUUCCAGAACGAUGGCAGCUUCAUGGAAAUGUUCCAGCGAAUGCAAAAAGCCCACGCGGCGGCGGUGCCCCCGGCUCCAGCGGACCGGCCGGCCGGAGCGGCUCAGCACACACCGAUUGGCGGCUCUGGACGGCAGGGGACGGAGCAGGCGGCGGCCGGUGGAUGGACGGCAGCGCCGGGCGGAGCGCUGCACUCGCGGCGGGAGAGGAGCCCAGCAGACGGCUCCGGCGAGCCCCCGCGUAAGAGGCGCAGCCGCUGGGGCUCCGAGGAGGAGCGGGCAGACGUGCCGCCCGUCGGCGUGGCCACGCCCACGCCCUCAGUCGCGUUCCCUGCCGGUGUGGCCGGGAAGUCUCCGGAGCUGAUUGCCUACGCCAAGCGCGUGUUCGGUAACGUGGAUCUGAUGUCCGAGGACCAGUGGAAACAGUGUGACGAUCAGAUGAAGAUGAACGUCCUUCUGGAGGACAUCAAACGUAAGAAGGCCGAGAGCGAGCGGCUGGCGCAGCGCGGAAAGGUCAAAUACGAGUACGACUCGGACGAGGAGACCGACGGAGGCACCUGGGAGCACAAACGGCGGAAGGCCGAGAUGCUGGAGACCCAGCGGAAGGCCGACGAGCUGACCGCCAUGAACGCCGGCAAACACCACAUCGGAGACUUCCUGCCGCCUGACGAGCUCGAGCGCUUCAUGGAGAAGUGGCGCGCGCUCAAGGAGGACCGCGAGCCCGACAUGUCCGACUACAGAGAGUUCAAGCUGAAGGAGGACAACAUGGGCUUCCAGAUGCUGAAGAAGAUGGGCUGGUCGGAGGGCCAGGGCCUGGGCUCGGACGGCGCCGGCAUCACGGCGCCGGUCAGCCAGCGGCGCACCCUGGACACGGCCGGCGUGGGCACCAGCACAGAGGCGGACGUCACCAAGGAGGACACCGAGUUCGACGCCUACCGAAAACGCAUGAUGCUCGCAUACAAGUUCCGGCCCAACCCGCUCAACAACCCGCGCCGGGCCUACUACUGAACGAGUGGGUUUGUACAGAGGGGACAGCUAACCAGUGGAGAGGGAUACCCUGCCAGCAGCAGAGCCGCCGGCCGGUCGUCGUCAUCCUGGGCUGCAGAGUCGCCGACUGAGAUUCCACUCCAGCCCAGCCCGGCUGAUGGUGCGGGCGCCGGCAGCCGCCGCACGGAUCAGCCGAUUUGGGGCGAUACGGACAACAGUGACUGACAGAGAGCCAUAGCCUUCAACACAGACCCUCGCCCGUGCACUGACUGCGGUGUGGCACACGCCUUUGUUUCGUUGUUUGCCCAGACGCUGAAAGGCGCCUACGAUCACAGACUACACUGUGAAAGCCGUGCGGUAUGCCGUGAUGGCAGGACCGCCCCUAACUGUGCUGUGGGUCCGAAAAGGGGACGGCGGCCGAGCCCGGUGAGGUGCUGGACGGCGGGGAGGGACGGGUGGUGCAGGCCGGUGUGUAGGGUUCCCCGGCUCGUCACAGCUGAAGACCCACGGUGUUUCACCGUGCAGAUCACUCGUCAGUCGUCUAUAACUAUAGCGUGCCACUGGGGCUUACCGGGCGUCCCGUGCCGCGCAGGAUGGGCGCUUUGAGGACAGCAGGACAGGACAGCCCGGCGUCAGCAGAGAUUGGAGCCUGGCGGGCGCCGCGAUCGGAGUUGAGCAGAAGUUUUCCAAUUGUGUGUAAAAGAAUGGAACACUUAUUUUUUCGUCAUUGCCAGUGCCUGUUUGUUUAUUGGCCUCGGAUGAGUUCAUUCCGCCGGUACGCGGCUUUUCCACACGCUGGAAAAUGCGGUCGGAGGCAGCCCCUUUAUUUUUCCCUGGGGAGGGGCGAAUGGGACAUCAGGUGAAAGACGCAAGAGUCGGGAAUCUGUCCAGACUCCAGAACCCGUUCAGACGGAGCAGUGUCGGCGUGAAUUGUCUGGAGAAAUAUAUGGACCGGUCGGGGACGUAGGCAGGUGACUUCA